UGAUACGAAAACCGUGAACGCCUCUUCUUCCUUGCCUCAAAGUUUGUUUCCUUUUCUUGAUUUCAGCUGGAACCCUUUUUUUAGCUUUUUAUUCUCGUCUUUUCUAGAAUUUUCUCGGGAAAAUGAAGGAAACCGUGGAGAACCCUCUUCAUCUCAAAUCUUUGAACCACAUCUCGCUGGUAUGCAGAUCAGCGGAGGAAUCCAUUGAUUUCUACCAGAAUGUUCUUGGGUUCGUCCCGAUCAGGAGACCCGGAUCCUUCGAUUUUGAUGGGGCAUGGUUGUUUGGUUAUGGAAUCGGGAUUCAUCUAUUGCAAGCGGAGAAACCAGAGGACAUGCCAAAGAAGAAGGAAAUUAAUCCCAAAGAUAAUCAUAUCUCUUUCCAGUGUGAGAGCAUGGGGACAGUAGAGAAGAAGCUGAAGGAGAUGGGACUGAACCAUGUCCGGUCCAUGGUGGAGGAAGGUGGAAUCCACGUGGACCAGCUGUUCUUCCAUGAUCCUGAUGGGUUCAUGAUCGAGAUCUGCAACUGUGAUAGCCUGCCUGUCAUUCCAUUGGCAGGAGAGAUGGCUCGGGCGUGCUCACUAGUGAACCUCCAGAUGUUGCAGCAUCAGCAGAUUCAGCAGGUGGUUCAGCAGUAGGUUUGGUGCCGCUGGGCAUUAUAAGAAUCACUGGGCCAUCUGAGCAUAUAUGGUUUUUGUGUUUGUGUUUACCAAUAAAACAAAAAGUGUUUUGCAGUCCAUACUGCAAAAUUGUAUCGUGUUGUGUUUAUCUUAUGGUUUCAGUUUUAUUUUCUUACGUGUGUGCUAGAUGUGAUCCCCUGGGAAAUGAUCAUUUUCCUAGUUUGUUUCAAUAAAUUGAAUGAAAUCUCCUUGGCUUAGAUUAACAAGUAGUAUUGUUCAAUUGUAAGGGAGAAAUAUAUCAGCUUAAAACUU